CCAAAUCUUUUUAUCAAAUCAUAUGAGUCAAAAAUAACCAAGUCAUUUCAUUAUCUUCUUUAAUUAAAUAAGUAAUAAAUAUUAAUUUAUGAAUUCGUUGUGUUAUUAUAAAUUAAAAUAAUGAAUUUUCAUAACUAUUAGGAGAAUUUAGCAAACAAAAAAAUUCAAACACUACUUUGACUCACUAGUGUCGGUCGAACCUUCUUAAUACAACAAGUUGACAUUUAAAGUAUUAUACACUAGUAAAUAAAAUAAAUUAUUUCGAAAAAGAUAAUAAGUUAUCAACAAAAACUGCGUGAAGAUUUUUAUUUUAUUUAUUAUUUUGAAAAUUAAUAAAGAAGUUUUAUUAUCAUGAUUAAAAUGUACACAUUCCAGCCGCAUGUUUUUAUUAAACAUUCUUCGAAUAGUAUCAUAAAACCUGAAGAAACAAUGCACUCCAAAAAUAUAAGUUGUGAUGGUAAAAAUGUAUAUAUUUACCAACGCGAGUAUGUAAGUGAUCUCGAAUUUAAUAAUAUCUGGGUGUACAAUUUAGCUGGAAAACAAUGGAAAUUAAUAAGGAAUGCAAGUAAUUCUCUGGAUAAUACUUAUCCAAUUGGUACUAUUUUUGAAUCAAAUUAUUUAAUUAUUUGCACAAUACGAGUACCUUUUAAUGACAACCUGUCAAGCCGCAAAUGUCGAUUGUAUAUUUAUGAUUCAAAAAUCGGAGGUGGACUUGUCCGAGAGACAAGUGGACAGAUUCCAAGUCCAUCAUUUCCACUUAACUUAAUUCGUCAUGGAAAAUAUUUGUAUACUGUAGGUGCCACAAAUGAUCUUGAAGCAUUUUCCGAUGUAUACAGAUUAAAUAUAGAAAAUGGUGUAUGGGAAAUUGUUUAUAUCUGUAAAGGACAUGAUGAAAAUGAACCGCUUGGUAGAUCAGAUCAUACUUUAGUUUAUGAUAACAAUAUGAUUUAUAUAUUCGGUGGUGAUUGUCAUGAUCCUGAACAGGAUGAUGCAUUUACAUUUGUCAAAAUUUCCGCGUUCGAUUUAGAAAAGUACUGCUGGAAAAUAGUAGACACUCGUGGUGAUGAAAAUAAUAUACCGCAGUAUCCAGUUGAAAGAGAAGGACUCAGUGCAACGAGUUACACUGACCCAGAUUCUGGUGAAAUUAAUGUAAUAAUAUCUGGAGGAAGAGUUUAUUCUGAUGAUACCUUCAGUGAUGUAAUGAAUGAUGGUUUCUAUGAGAACUUAAAUGAUGUCUGGAGUUUGAAUCUCACAAGUUUGAAAUGGACGUGUCUCAAGAGAUUUGGUACUGUUUUACCUCAUUACGUUGAAAAUCAUUCAAUGGCUAUUUCUCCUGCUGGAAAACUGUUUACUUUUGGUGGAAAUAUUUUCAGUACUAACGUGGAAGAAUAAUUUAUUUUAGCGAAUUCGUUUUUCUUCUUUACACUCAGCUUGGCUCAGGAUUCCCAAACUCACAGACAUUUGUUGGGAAGCUGUUUUCCAUUACUAUCCAAACUUGAAAUCAAUGACUGACAAAGAAUUAUGUUCUCUCGGUAUUCCAUUGCUUUUACUCAAGUCUCGUAUUAAUUAAUAUAAUAUCUAUAAAUAAAUUUAUUGUAUUCAUUUUUAUACAUAACACACUAGCACAAAAAAUUGUAAAUGUCCCAAAUUUAUUUGAAACUAAAUGUAUUAUUCUCCAGUUGAUCAAUUGCCGAUAAAUGUUUUAAGACUGAA